CACAACAUGGCAUCCACGUCACCGGCAACAAAAGGCAAACGAGCCGCAGAAAAAGCAAGGGCGAGGAGAGAAAACUCUGAAAAUGCAUCAAUUCCGCAGAAGAGACAUUACCGGCAGCGUGCCCAUGCCAACCCCUUCUCCGACCAUCGCUUGACCUAUCCGGACUGCCCGGAUGCUAUGGACUGGUCGGAGUAUUAUCCGGCAUAUGCAGGUCAAAGCAAGAGCGUUGAGUUCGCCGACAUUGGUUGUGGGUUCGGAGGUUUACUCUUCGCACUUUCACCACGUUUUCCGGAGUCCCUCAUUCUUGGGAUGGAGAUAAGAACUGCGGUGACCGAGUUCGUGCAAGAAAAGAUCAAAGCACUGAGACACCAGGACCCGAGCACGUACCAGAACGUAGCAUGCCUUCGGGCCAACACGAUGAAGUUUAUGCCAAACUUCUUCCGUAAAGGCCAGCUGACAAAGAUAUUUUUGUGCUUUCCGGACCCGCACUUCAAGGCACGCAAACACAAGGCCCGGAUCGUCUCAGCAACGCUCGCGGCAGAGUAUGCGUACGUGAUGAGAGCGGGUGGCAUUAUCUACACGAUCACUGACGUCAAGGACCUGCACGAGUGGAUGGCUAAGCACUUAAAUGAUUGUGCGCUAUUUGAGAGGCUAAGCGAGGAAGAGAUCGAAAAGGACGAAUGCGUAGCUAUCAUGCGCUCAGAGACUGAAGAGGGAAAAAAGGUCGAGAGGAACAAGGGCUUGAAACUAGUUGCCUGUUUCCGUCGGCUAGAAGAUCCUCCUUGGCCAUAAUAAUCUUUUGGGGUACGAACGCUCACCACGACGCUAUGCCUUGGGUAUCACAAUGUACAGGAUAACGAAAAUCAUUCAAAGCCAAAAUCAGCUCAAUCCUCAAAUCCACCCCAAUCUUCACCCU